ACUUUAAUGUUAUGACUUUUCUAAAGUGCAAAGGUGUUGUUUUUCAUUGUUGGCUUGAAAAUAUGAAUAUAUUUGAAACGUGUUUUUUAACCUUCCAUUUAUGUAGCCUAUGUUUUUUACCUUAAUAACUAACCGUUAAUGAUCCCAGCUGCUAAGCGCGUUUUGACUGAGUUUGAACACUCGCUUCUGAGGAAAGGAAACGCUGAUAUGUAGAUGAGACAAAUACACGAGUGGGCGGACAGGACUUUCCUAAUGUUCACGCCUCAUCCUGCUUCUCCUGAUACAGACUGCACAAGUGAAGUCAGCAGUCCAAAAACUUGCUCCUGUCGAGCGGAGUGACGGGACGACUCAAUCCACGCAAUCCUAAAGACAGCUGGGUGUUCAUAUAUUGUAAUGUUGAGAAACACAAAACAGAAAACCGGCAGCUUGCAAGAAUGAAAAGGAGGUGUGCUGUCUUACACUGGAUAAGAUACAAGUUCUAUGUGUUUGUCUUGUCAUUGUUUUUCGUGCUGGUGUACAUCAAGAUUUCAAUGGACAACAGUAUUUACAUUGAACCCUAUGGAGCUACACAAAGAUCACUCAGAGCUCAGCCUCUGGAUGGCAUUAACUGCACAGCCGUUUAUGAUCUGGAACCGGUGGAAAUUGGCAAGUCGUUGGAGUUAAGACGCAAAAACAUUGUGGAAGCUGGUGAUGGGAGUAUCGUUUCCUUCACUGCAGACUGCAAAAACUACAUUGAACAAAGGGGCUAUAAUGAGGUCAUGAUAACAGAUGAGGAAUGCAGCUUUCCAAUUGCAUACUCUCUAGUGGUGCACAAGAACAGUGCUAUGGUGGAAAGGAUUCUUCGAGCCAUCUACACACCCAACAAUAUUUACUGCAUUCAUUAUGACCAAAAGUCUUCGAAAGAUUUUAUUGCGGCGAUGAUGAAUUUGGAGAAAUGCUUUCCAAAUGUCUUCGUAGCCUCCAAAAUCGAGUCCGUUCAGUAUGCACACAUUACAAGACUUAAUGCAGAUCUCAACUGCCUUUCAGACCUGCUGAGUUCAGAGGUCAAAUGGAAAUAUGUUAUAAAUUUGUGUGGCCAAGACUUCCCACUCAAGUCCAAUUAUGAGCUGGUGACUGAGCUCAAGAAACUAAAUGGUGCAAACAUGCUCGAAUCAAGCAGGCCCAGCGAACUGAAAAAACAGCGAUUUCAGUUUCAGUAUGAAUUGAAAGACAUGUCGUAUGAAUACCUCAAAAUGCCAGUCAAAACAUCCAUUGCUAAAGACCCACCACCGCAUGACAUCGAGAUGUUUGUCGGGAGCGCUUACUUUGUCUUGACCCGUGAUUUUGUGUCAUAUAUUAUGAACAAUCAACUGGCAAAGGACUUUCUGCAGUGGACAGCUGACACAUAUUCUCCUGAUGAGCACUUUUGGGCAACAAUGGCCAGAGUACCUGGAGUUCCUGGAGAGAUGGGUAGAUCUGAGCCUGAUGUGACAGACCUGGAGAGUAGGACACGUUUGGUUAAAUGGAACUAUCUUGAAGGCCAACUGUAUCCACAGUGCACCGGCACGCACAGACGAAGUGUCUGCAUCUUUGGUGCGGCGGAGCUCCGCUGGCUUCUGGAGGAUGGCCACUGGUUUGCAAACAAGUUUGAUCCCAAAAUUGACCCUGUUGUUAUUAAAUGUCUUGAAGAGAAACUUGAGGAGAAGCAGCAUCAAGAGUGCCUGAGACCAAGAGUGGCCUUAGGGCGAUGUUUUGGUUGAAAUAUGUAUGAAAAUGUAUGAAAUAUGUUUGCUGCUGCACUUAUGUUGCUUUAAAGCAAUAGCUAAUUGUAUUUCCGAACAUUUAUAUUUCAACAGAUUCCCAUCCACUAUAUGCUAGGCGAGUAUGUCAAUAAGCUUGCCUUCAUAUGUAUUUAUAGGCGCUAUGAAGUAUUUAUAUGUUUUAAUUUAAUUUAAUUCUGUUUUUUACUGAAUCAAUAAGGAAACGUUUGUAGGGCUUCAGCAGUAGGAGUUGUGUUUUUCUUUUGUCAUAAAAAAAAAAUGCAGCUGGAAGAAUAUGCAGUGUAGUGAAAUUCUAUCAAUAUUUACCAAUAUUUCUAACUUUACAAGUAUUGCAUUUGUAAUUUCGAAUCGUCAUCUUAAAACAAUGUGUGUAUCAACACCAGGGAGAUGCUAUCAUUUUUUACUUGUUUAUAGAAUAACUGACAUUCUCUACUGUACAUACAAUAUUGUUUCAAAUAAAGCUUUAGCUCUCGA